CUCGCCACCAUGACACAACAAUCACAUAUACAGUCCAACACCGAGUUCUAGAAUCUCGAGGAGUCUAGAUAAUACGAAGAGGAACACUCUAGCCCUUUCCCUUAAAGGUACAGAUAUUCAUGGAUACGUAGCUAGAUCGAUCAACCAGUUGAGAUUGAGUUGCCAUCCCCCCCAUUCAGCACGAACUCUAAGCCAGUUGGACACGAAGUCAAUUCGUUGAAUCCCUUAGCAGUGGACUAGUGUAUUACACCGUUCGACGUUAUCAUGAUGAACAAAUCUUCCUGGGCCAUGUUAGUGAUACAUCGCAAACCAUGGGGUUAUUGACCGAUCUCCAAGGCCUUGGCUGCUAAUUUACCCAAAGCAGCAACAACCGUGUACCUUGGCCAAAAUUACAGACCCGAUCUGUUGCAUCACAUCUUGCAAUUCCGACGUCAAGCGGAGAUACCAUGAUCUCAUAUCGACUUUAACAGAGAGGUCCGAAAAGUAUAAGUAUAGCUGAUACUGAUCGCAUUCGAUAGAAAUUCUAUCAAACCAUACCAUAACAAUAUCACGACUCAGUCUUCAAGGGUCUUCAACAAAACGGAAGAAGCAUUUUAUUUCAUCAUGGCCUCGAACACCAACCCCGGAAACUUCAGCAACCGCCCUCAGGAAGAGGUGCAGAACAUUGCCAGCAAGGGUGGUCAAAGCAGCCACAGGGGAGGCUUUGCCAGCAUGGACCCCGAGAAGCAGAGGAACAUCGCUUCCAAGGGUGGCCAGGCUUCCAGCGGAAGCUUCGAGUCUGGCGAUCCAAGAGCCCGUGCUGCCGGUCAGAAGGGUGGCUCGAGGACUUCCUACGACUUGGACCAGCCCGAGGAAUAAGCAAAGUCAUCAAAAUCAAUUACCAGAUGACGUUGCUGUCAUCGUCCCGGGUGGCACGAUGACAUGAUAAUCCACCUCUGUACUUUAACGAAAAACUUGCUGACAUGACUCCAUGUAUGUACCUAUGAAAUAACUUUUGACUGGAAACGGCAGAAACAGUAUCAUUGAUCUCCAAAUAUGAGAGUCUCCCAUCAAUUCGUAGUUGGAAACAUACCACGGUACAAGUGAUGUCCCAACGACGUAGGAGUUCUCCACAUGAACCAACGGUGCCCAAUCAAGGAAUGACCACAUAUUUUUUCCGUUUUCGAUCAAGUGACAUGGGAGAAUUCCAAUCUUAUUCAAUACAAUCAAUAGGUUCUAUGGGGAUGUGGCAUGUAGUGGCAAUCGAAGAAAUGCUGUUGCCUUAGUGGGAGAGUGAGCGUUCACCAAAACACUGCCACACUCAAGCAGCUGCUUUUAGAAUUAGCUUACGGCAUAGCGACUGCCACAUUUUACUUGCUUCUUUU